AUGGGAAAACAUUCCGCCAGAAAGAAGAAAGUAGUUCCACAAAAGAAGCGAAUUGUCGAGGCUGAUGACGAUGUCUCUUCAUACAAGCAGAAUCCUUAUCUCAAGACCCCCUUGUAUGAUCUUUUGCAUGUUUUCGAGAGAGCGCCCGACCAGUGGGCUGCCCGAUACAUCUUAAUAUUGAGUGCCAUCUUGCUAAGAAGUGCGGUAGGCCUUGGGCCCUGGUCUGGAAAGGGGGAAGAACCUAUCAAUGGCGACUUUGAAGCCCAAAGACACUGGAUGGAAAUCACAAUUCAUCUCCCGAUCAACGAAUGGUACUUCUAUGACUUGCAAUACUGGGGUCUCGACUAUCCGCCACUUACCGCUUACCAUCUGUGGCUCUGUGGUAUCUUUGGUAGCCUAAUUGACAGCAGCUGGUUCCAACUUGAUAAGUCCAGAGGUAUCGAGACGCCAGCGAUCAAGACAUACAUGAGAUACACCAGUUUGGCAAGUGAGCUCAUUGUGCUAUUUCCAGCCAUCCUACAAUUAGUGUCAUUGCUUGGUGGAAAGAAGCUUAGACUCGGAAGGAUGCAUCAAAUUGUCAUAAUUGCGUUGAUCGUCACUCAGCCACCAUUGAUAUUGAUUGAUCACGGUCAUUUUCAAUUCAACUCCAUAAUGCUCGGUUUCUUUUUGUUUUCCGUUUCGGAGCUACUCAAGGACAAUUUAUUGAUGGCGUCUGUCUGGUUUAUUGCCUCCAUCAUGUUCAAGCAAAUGUCACUUUAUUACAGUCCAUUCAUUUUCUUUUACAUUUUGUCCAAAUUGUUCAAACCUCAAGAGAAGCUCGUCAAAACGAUUGCAACCUUUGAUAUUCCCAAAUUAAUUGCAGUUGGAGCAACAGUGGUGGUUUCAAUUAUAGCCGUACUUAUCCCAUUUCUUGUGGCGGCUCAAGAUGUCACUGAACUAGAGAAACUCAUCAGGCAGAUUGUACUCAGAAUGUUUCCAUUUGAGCGUGGGUUAUUCGAAGACAAGGUUGCUAACUUCUGGUGCGUUACGAACAUCAUUUUCAAAUAUAGAGAGUACUUCAGCCCAGAGCAACUCAAGAUAUUUUCCCUUGGGUUGACACUUUUGUCAAUACUCCCACCCUGUUUGAUUGCAUUCUGGAAAAACAUCACCCGCAAAUCGACACCACCAACUUUGUUGAUCUAUGGCUUUAGCGCUACUGCUUGGGGCUUCUACCUCUUCUCGUUCCAAGUACACGAGAAGACAGUUUUGGUGCCUUUGAUUCCAUCAACCUUCUUAUUACUUCUGACUGAUCCUAACAUGGUUGGUAUCAUUCAGUGGAUCAAUAACAUCUCGAGUUUCAGCUUGUACCCGCUUCUUAAGAAGGACGGGUUAGUCUUGCAAUAUGUGACCCUAACUCUUCUUGUGAACUGGUUUGUCGGAGGCUUCAGCAUUCCAAGCAGGAGCUUGUUGUGGCCUGAGCUGCUGCUGAUUGUCAUUAAGCUUGUUAUUCUUGCGUCAUAUGUCGCUGCCAUUGCCUACCAUACUGUCGAUUACUUCUUUGACCCACCAGCAAGCCUUCCAGACUUGUGGGUCAUCUUGAAUUGCGUUAUUUCAUUCGGUUGCUUCUCGUUCUUCUAUUUGUGGUUGAACUACAGCCUAGUGAAGCUUUAG